AUGCUGGCCGUGUUGCCUCUCAAUCUACACCAACAAAUUACCGACAUUUCGAAGGAGGCGAAGAAUUGCCUAACGAAAUCUGAAACGGCUUCGGUCGUCCCGGUCCCCCCGAAUUCCAAGCUAUGCCACCCACAUAUUGGCGGAAUGAUUCCUGAGAAUGCUGGGCAUCUACCGCGGGCUGUUCUCACCAAAAUCCCGAUCAGAUAUGUCCUAUUGGGAGCUACCCUAAUUACCCUACUCAUCGCCAUCCAACCUCUAAUCUGCACUUUUAUAUCAAUAAUAGACACCCUAUUCCAACGCGCCAUCUGCUUCAUCUACCUCCAUAAACACGACAGUUUCGCGAAGGAUGAAGAUGACUAUCCCAUCUUCUGGCGCCUUAUGCUCGAGAACUUUCUGUCGACCCGGAAUAUCAUUGAUAUCCCCUCCCUUUUCAUGUUCUUCUUUUAUAUGGUGGCAUUGCUU